AUACUUAAACAUAAAGAGUUAUUUGUACCUAAAUAUUACAAUAGCAAUAACCAUAAGGGCAUGAUAAAGCUACAAAUGAAGGAAGAAAGUCAUUGUGAGCAUUAAGUUACUAGACAUUUUGAAUUUCUAUGUCAGCUUUCUUGGAGAGGGUAGGUAUUUAGACUAAUAAUAAUCACUUCCCACUUAUAGCCUUACCACAUUCAUGGUGUGAUUAUCUUGGGUUUGACCGUGAAACAGAUAAUGUUUGAGCCGGAAUUUUGAAGAAAAAUGGCAGAAUCAAACUUAUGUGAAGAAAUUUGCAAAAAGGGGAAUGUGCAAAAAGGGAAAACAUUCUCCUAUUGGGGCCUAAUUGCAUCAAGACCCAAUUCAAAAUCAUACAAAAGCCCGAUCCAUAUACAAAUCUGACCCAAGCCAUUUUUGAAGAAAAACCCUAGCAACCUAAAGAGUGAGGAAGCCACACAAGCGGAUCAGGAUUUGAAAAGGUGGAUUUGGCAGUAAAAAAGGAAAUCCCUGAAAAAUCUUCUAUAACCAGUUAGCCUCUCCCAAGUGAGAAAGUAUGGGGUAUCACCAGGAUACCACGUCAGUGGUAUGGUAUCCCAAUUCAAUUAAAAACCACCGCAUCAACCUUUUUUUACAUCUCAUCAAUUACCAAACAGAGAGGCAAACAAACACCAAAUCUAAAUUUAACUCACGGUAAAUUAACUCAUGGCAAAUCCUUUCAAAAUAAAGUUUUCAACAGACUCUCUUUUUAGCAUCUCUCAAGCCCUUCCUUCAACGCAAAGAAGUUGAUUUCGUUUCAUACCAACCGGUAUGGUCGAUACAUAUCAGUUUUUUCAUUAAUCCGAAAUGGUACAAGGUUCAAUUCUGUUUCGGUCAAAUUUCACCCAUUUUAGUCAAAUUUAAUGUACCGGCUGGAACAUUGAAAAUUGGCCGGUACAAAUGAAUUCAAAUUUAAAAAAGGGCAAAUUCCAUUUUUGGUCCUUAACUUUAAUGUUUUACAUAAUUUUCAUCCUUUAACUUUUUUAUGUACUUUUUUAGUUGAUCAACUAUGAAAAAUGUAUUUUUUUAGUCUUUCUGUCAGUUACUCUGUUAAGUUUGUCUAAAUAUAUACAUUUUUAGUCCCUUAACUUAAAGUGAAAAGAUGAAAAAUAUGCAUAUGUUAGAGUUGAGGGACUAAAAAUGUGUAUUUUUUUAUCCCUUUUAACAAUUUCAAAUUUAGACUUCUAGUUCUCAAUGCUCACCGGAUGUUGCUCUCCCUUCUCAAUAAUAUUUUGGUUUGUCUUUUGCAUUCUUGUUAUACUUAAAAGACAUGAUUCCUUCCCUUGUGGAAGCAUUUUGUAUUGUAAAUUGUAUAAUAUUAAAUCUAAAACACUGUUAUGCUUUCUAAUAUUAUCUUAAUGUUCGAAAAAAAAGAAAAAAAUUAUGGAUGUUUUAUAAAGUUGGCCAUUUUAAACUUGUUUUCAAUUUAUAGGAAUAUAAUGAUUCUAAACAU